AUGUCGGUCAUGAAUUUAUUAACUCCCGAACUCCAGGAUGACUCGUAUGAAGAUGAUAGAGAUUCGUCGUUGGGCGAGGACGACUCGAGUUCAACUGCCUCGUUAUCAAGCAGCAUAUUAGAGUACCGCACGAUCCACGGGCGGAGGUAUCACAGCAAAAGUUGGGGAGACACCGACUACUGGUCCCCUAAUGAUGAAAUACAAGCAAAUUCCAUGGACCUUACUCACCACACGCUCACGCUACUACUACACGAUAAGAUAUUCCUAGCCCCUAUCGGCGACGACCCUAGGAAAGCCUUAGAAAUCGGAUGUGGAACAGGAAUCUGGGCAAUCGACUUCGCAGACGCCUUCCCACGCUGCGAAGUAAUUGGCACCGACAUAUCACCAACCCAACCGUCCUGGGUCCCAGGUAACCUGCGUUUCGAAAUGGACGACUUCAACCUAACCCCAUGGACCUUCCCCCCGGCGUCCUUCGACUUCGUACACAUGCGGUAUCUCUGCGGGGCAGUCCUAAACUGGGACGCAGCAUACGCCGAAGCAUUCCGGGCAGUGCGCCCGGGCACAGGCUGGGUCGAAGCGCUGGAGCCCGCUCUGCGAAUCCGCAGCGACGACGGUUCGGUCCGCGAAGACGACGGCUCGGCGCUCUCGGCUUGGGGGCCGCUUUUUGAGGAGGGCGCUAGGCGGUACGGGAACGGCUCCAGGGUCCCGGGGAGUGCGAACUCGGGGCCUUCGAGGCCGAUGAAUAUCGUCGAGGACGGGACGAUGGAGAGCGCGUUCCGGCGCGCGGGGUUCGUCGAUAUCGUUACGCAUACGUUUAAGUGCCCGCUUACGCCGAAUUCGGAUGAUCCGCAUCUAAGAGAGGUAGGAAUGUAUGCACUUGCCACGAUGGAGGAGGGCAUGGAGGACACUGACGAAGAACUACUCACUAUAGGUUUUCUACUGUACCUCUUCACCCAAGGUUUGGGCUGGACUCACGAGCAAGUCAUACUCUAUCUGAGCCGCGUACGCAAGGAGCUGCGCGACAGGCGGAAAUCGCCAUAUUCACUAGUCAAGGUCAUAUACGGCCGGAGGCCUGAGGGAGCUAAUUGA